AAAAGUUUCACUAAAUUUUGAACAACCAUUGAAAUUAUUAUUCAUAAUUCGUUCUUAAACUGCCUGGUCUUGUUGCUCGAACUGAAAUUUUCUGCCUUAUUUGAAACAUAAAAAAUCAUGAGUUCACAAAUUAUCAAAGACCAACCUAAAUUGACGGAAUAUUUCCAAAAAGUCUGUCGAUUAUGUUUCAGUGAAGAAAUGCUUGAAGAUGUUUUCAAGUUCAAACAAGACGAGAUUAUUCGACGGAUAUCAGAUUUACUCUCUAUUGUGAUUUCCGAAGACGACCAAGUCAGCCGAUCUAUUUGCACUAUCUGUCGGGCACGGUUGUACGAAUUCCACGACUACAAAGUGAGCUGCCUCGAAGUGCAAGAUGUCCUUCGGAGCCAAAUAUGUCUGGCCGUGGAGAAAGAUCUUUCCGUGUUGGACACAGAACCCGCAUUAGACUCUGACCAAAUAAAAUCCGAGUUGCAGGAAUACUUAAACACGGAAGAAAAUCUGCUUGAAGAAAUGAAAAUUUCACCCGAAAACACCGAACAAGAUGCAGAAACCGUUAAGAUUGAUCACAUCGAACAACCCGUUAGGAACCGUUCUGUACGGCAGAAGAAAUCCGGUCAGAAACGAUAUGUUUAUGAGUAUAAAGUAGUGAACAAAACCCAAGUGGUGUCAUGCAGCACCUGCGGUAAAAAAGUUCCAAAAUCUUGUCUACAGGCCCAUCAAGAUAAGCAUCGUCUUCCAAACUACAAAUGCGAACGUGGCUGUGUAGGCAUGAAGUUUAAAUGCCGGCAAACCCAACUUCAGCACUACGUGAACGUUCACGAUUAUCGGCCAUUGGAGUGCAAACUUUGCUACAAAUUAUUCAGCGCCAAAAGCAGUCUUAACUACCACAUGAAGAGCGUACAUCAGUUGAAACCAUACCAAUGCACGAUUUGCAACAGUUCGUACCCGAUAAAAUAUCUACUGGGGCGGCACAUGAAGAUUCACAGCGCUAAGAUGGAUCAUCACUGCUCGAUAUGCGAGUACGCUACCAACAUAAAGCAUAAUCUAACCCGACAUAUGCUUAUGCAUGCGAGACAGGAGAAAGAAAGAAACAAAGCAAAGGUAGAUCCAGAAUUGAUGACCAUCCUAAGUAGGAAGCUACUAUAAAAGGCUAAGGGAGUAUCUCCCCCCCUAUUCUGCGAGUCGCAUGACUCUCUGUCACUAGUGAGGUGAC